AUGGCAAACUAUAAAGCAGAAAGAAGCAUACCACAAGAUUUCACUAGACAGCAAGUGAAGAAGUUGCUCACUGAAGCCAAAUCAUUCUUGUGGGAUGAGCCAUUUUUGUUCAAAAGAUGCCUAGAUGGAAUGAUUAGGAGAUGUAUACCAGAGGAGGAAAUGAAAAAUAUUUUAUGGCAUUGUCACAAUUCAAGCUAUGGUGGGCACAUUGGAGUAGGGAGAACAGCUGCAAAAAUCCUUCAGAGUGGAUUCUAUUGGCCUUCUAUUUUCAAGGAUGCUAGAGAAUUUGUGGAAGCUAUAGCAACCACCACAUGUGAUGCUAAUGUGGUUCUAUAUGGAGUAACACAUAAGGUGGCUACACCUUACCACCCACAGACCAAUGGCCAGGCUGAGCAAGCAAAUAGGGAGCUAAAGAAGAUUUUGGAGAAGACUCUGGGAGCCACAAGAAAAGACUGGGCUUUCUGCGCCACAAAACUCCUCAAUCUGGAUACUCAAGCAGCUGGGGAGAAAAGAUUUCUGCAGCUCAAUAAAUUGAAAGAAUUCAGAUUGGAAGCAUAUGAGAAUGCCAGGAUAUACAAAGAAAGAGUCAAGAAAUGGCAAGACAAGAGGAUUGCACCUGGAAUAUUUGAACCAGGACAGAAACUAUUGCUUUUCAAUUCAAGAUUGAAAAUUUUCCCUGGGAAGCUUAGAUCCAAAUGGACUGGUCCUUAUACCAUCACCAGAGUGUCUCCUCAUGGUCACUUAGAAUUGCUUGAUGAAGUUUCAAAAGAAAAAUUCACAGUCAAUGGCUAUAGAGUGAAGCAUUACCUUGGUGGAUCAUGGAACCAGGAAGGAAGUGUGCAUCUGCUGACAUGA